AUCUCCUUUUCUUUCUUCCCUCAAAACACAUGUCAUGCUUCCCUUCUCCUUCUCUCUCAUUUCCCUCACACCCUCUGUUCCGUACGCCUCCGGUCCCCGCCACCUCUCUUCCACCACGAUCACACACUCUCUUUCCCUUCCCUUGUCCUUUCAAUUAACUCAUGUGAGUGACAAGCUCCCAGCUUUAAAAAAAUACCCUUUUUUGAUUCCCCUUUUUCAGAAGGAAUUGACUUUCCAAGAACUUAAUGCUGUGGGCAAUAGAAAGUGGCAACGUUUGCCGUGUCAAUUUAUAUGUGACCUCAACCACAAGGUAUGGUAUGGUGUGAGUGAGCAUAUCAUAUCAGGCCUAACACAACCCUUUCCUUCCCAGAAACACCAUCUUUUCUUUCACCUUGUUUCUCCAUUUACAUAGGAAUAGUAAAGAAAGUACAACAUACCCAAAUAGGCAUAUAGGAGACCUUAACCUAUAGCACCCUCAAUCAAUACAAGAAUAUACUUAUACUACCACACCACACAACCCGAGAAAAUUUAAGUGCAAACUGCAAUGCAGAGAGCAACAGUGCUAGCUGUAACUACGAAAGCCUAUGAGGGUCCAUAGUGGCCACCUACGAGUCUAUGACCACCUAAUUGGCCUAACACUUUUGAGUUUUCACUUUCGUUUUCUCAGCCUUCUCUAUAGUUCCGUGUACUAGUGCUGUUGUAAGUAACAGCUUCUUAAAACAACAACGCUUGUAACUACUUGUGACCAAGUAACCAGUUGCCAAUGAAUGCCACUUUUCUAGUCACAGCAAACAUAGCAGAAAGUUGAGAAUCAAAUCCACCUUUGUCUUCAUUCGGGCUCACGAAAAUUGUUCUCUGUAAAUGGAAACGGUUAUUAAAAAUCCUUGCUUUUUCUUCCGUGUCUGACUUUAAGGUUACACUACGCCAAUGCCACAGAUCAUAGGCGAGGAUUACGAGGCGUGAUAUUAAGAUAAGAAAGGAGAGGCAUAACAUUAACAAACACUAUAUCGCCGCUCGUGCGCUUUGGCAAUCUUCAAAUCCCAAAAUCCAGAUCUCGAGGCAUUUUCGCUUGUUCAUAACUGGUGGAAGAACUUUUGCCUAUCAUGAGGGUUUUUGUGUACGGCCAUGAUAGAUUGGGGUUGGGGGAUCAUGUUGAAUUGGGCAUUGUUUGACUUGACAAUAGCAUGUAAUCCUGGUAUAGUCUCCACUUUGAACUAAGCUUGGACUUUGUUUCUGCUCUGUAUUUGAUGAUUAUCAAUAUUCUAUGAUCUAUAUAGUCUUUUGGGGUGUGUGGAAUUGUUAAUUAGUAUUCUUUCUGUGCUGGGAGGUUUUUGAACUUGCAAAUAAGAUGUUGUCAUUUACUCAUUGGUGGUCAGUUGGUUCUUUGUACUUGGUCCAUGGCCUUAACCUGUGACAUUUACUAUUCUACUGUGUUUUGCAUAAUUGGGGGGAGAAAUUUGGUUCUUGUUUGGAAUUCCCUAUUUUGAGGUCCUGAGAAGUAGUGAAUUGAUUGUUGGGAGAAGGGUUAGGACUUAAAGGUGAGAUUUUCAUGUGGAAGGUGGUUUGUUUCAAAUCUAAGUGUGAGAUAUGCUGGGCUCUGAUGAUGGAGAUAUUGAUGUGUUCUUUGACUCACUGGAUAGUUUGUCAGCACAAGAUUCUGUUCUAGGCAAAGAAGAGUUUGGCUCUGAAAGGUGUGGUUGUGAUUAUGGUGACAUUUGGGUGAAGGAGCCUGUUAGUGUGAAGGAGAGGAGGGAACGUUUUCUGCAGGAUUUGGGUUUAGACGACGCGUCUUCAUCCAAGGUUUGUUAUCAAGAGAGAAUGAACUUUGAUGACUCAUCUAUCAGUUUGGGAUUUGAGAGGAUCAGGGAGUGCAGUGGAGCAACCUCAAAUGCUUCAAUUUUGCAUAACGAUCAGGUAUCUGAGAAGGUUCUCUAUGGAGGCAAAGCAGCUUCUGAAGCAAAAAUCUCAGUGGAUGAAGUGAAAGGGUGUCCCCAAGGUGAAGCAGAUGCAAACUUUGAAGGAAAAGAGCAUGACUUCCCUUCUACAAAUCAGGAACACAGAGAAGCUGAUUCGCAAGAAUUUCAGGAUUUUGAUAUGGGUAAAAGGAAAAGAAAAAACUGGUGGAAACGCUUUGUGAACGAGAGGAAAGGGGGUGAAGGAAAUGUUAGAUCAAAGUUUAAUGCAGGGGCAAACAAAACUCGAAGAAUAAAGGUAAGGCAGAAUAAAAAGAGGUGGCUAGAGUUCAGUGGCCUAUUCAAUGGACAAGAGGUUAGAGCUCACCAAGGUGUAAUCUGGACCAUGAAAUUUAGUCCCUGUGGACAGUAUUUAGCGAGUGGAGGUGAAGAUGGUGUUGUUCGUAUAUGGCGUGUUACAUCUCUGGAUAAAUCCAGUAUUUGUUUCACCUCAAAAGACAGCACUUCUAAUAGCAGAGUGGAACGUAAAAACACUUCUCCUAAGAAGAAAAACUCAUACCAACCCUUCAUUUUCCUUCCAAAUAGUAUUUUUCAAAUUGAGGAAUCACCACUGCAAGAAUUUUUUGGUCAUUCCAGUGAUGUCUUGGAUUUGGCUUGGUCUAAUUCAGAUAUUCUCCUUUCAUCUUCUAUGGAUAAAACUGUUCGGUUGUGGCAAAUUGAUUGUAAUCAAUGUCUAAGUGUUUUCCAUCACAAUGACUAUGUGACAUGCAUUCAAUUCAACCCUGUUGAUGAAAAUUACUUCAUUAGUGGGUCCAUUGAUGGUAAGGUUCGAAUAUGGGGGAUACGUGAAGAGCGAGUCAUUGACUGGGCAAAUAUACGAGAUGUCAUAAGUGCUAUAAGUUACCAGGAAGAUGGGAAAGGAUUUGUAGUUGGUUCUGUUACAGGCACUUGUCGUUUUUAUGUUGCUUCAGGAAAAUAUUUCCAGCUUGAGGCGCAGAUAGAUGUACAUGGUAAGAAGAAAGCAUCAGGCAACAAGAUUACUGGCAUUCAGUUCUCCCAAAAAAGUACCAAGAGAAUUAUGAUCACAACAGAAGAUUCCAAAAUUCAUAUUUAUGAUGGCAUUGAGCUUGUUCAGAAAUACAAAGGUCUUCCCAAGUCAGGGAGUCAAAUGUCGGGUUCAUUUACAUCAAGUGGAAAACAUAUAAUUUCAGUUGGAGAAGACUCCCAUGUUUACAUAUGGAACUUGGAUGACUUGGGAAAUGCUUCUUCUAAACACACAAAAUCUGAACGUUCCUGUGAGUACUUUUUUUCCAAGGGUGUUACUGUUGCAAUACCUUGGUCAGAUGUGAAAGCAUAUCAAAGGGGUUCUAGCAGUAACUUUUCCCACCAUUCUUCAGAAAUGCAAAGCCAAUCAGAGCUUGCCCCCCAUGAGACUAGAGAUGCAGAGCGUUUUUCUCUUGGUAACUGGUUUGCCAUUGAUGGCACAUGCCGAGGUUCUAUGACAUGGCCUGAGGAGAAACUUCCCAGCUGGGAUUUACCUAUAGCAGAAGACGAAUAUGAUGAGCAGCAGUUAUGUCAGAAAAAUACUUGCCAAGACAGAAUUGUAUCAGAAACAUGGGGCCUAUCGAUUGUGGUGGCUGGUUGUGAUGGAACUAUCAAGACAUUCCACAACUUUGGAUUACCCAUUAGGCUCUAAGAGAAUGUCAUCACCAUUUAACUUACUCUCUGUAAGGAUCAUUGGUUCAGCCUUGAUGCCUUCCAUGCAUGAGAACUUUUGCUACUUGCCAUUCAGGCUUUGCUUGGUAAAGGUGGAAAAUUUACGAGGCUCUUUCAAUGCCUGAGAAUUCAACAUAAGUGGCCAAGGAUAGCCUUGGAUAAAUUUACAAAUUCCAACACAGUAAAUAAAGGAGGAAACAAUUAUUGUUUUGGAGGUAAAAUGUUUUUUGAACUUUUCCAACUUUAAUCCAAACAUUCACUGCCUGGGAAGACAGAAUCUGAAGCUGAUGGCAUCAUCGUCACUGUCUUUUCCUACUCAUAGGAUUCUCCGUGCAAAAUCCAUGGUGAAUGUCAAAGCUUAUGACAUGUUCUAGAAGUUUGUACACUUAACUGUUGAGAUUUGUCUCUAGUUUUUUAAUGUGGCUUUGGUUAGUCAUGCCAGUGACCACACAAGAAUCCUAAUCUCUUCAUCCCCAACAUUGUGAUUAGAUGAUUUAUUUUGCAGUACAAAUUUAAAAUGCAAUUGAAAUUUUAUUCAA